AUGCCCUCGUCCUCGCAAAUGAAGAAGGAGGAGGCGGAGCUUCGCAAGAUAGCCAAGCACGCGCGACUCUCCCGCAAGGAGGAGGCGGCAAAGGAACGCCAGAGGGAGCGGCGCGGGAGGAGUGUCGUGGAACCCACCGCCGCCGCAACAAGCGGCAGCAGCCGCAGGCGAAGGGGCGCCCUUAUCUUGCCAGCGGAGGUGGAGGAGCUGCGGCGGCGGCUGCUGCUGGCUGACGACGCCCCGGGCGCCGCGGCAUCGGGGGGCGCGGCGGGUAGCGGCGUGAAGGCGGCCGAGGGGACGAGGAAGCAGCGGACGAAGCGGCCGCGGACCGCCCCCGCCGCGGCGUCCGCAUCGCGGGGUCCUCGCCUCGAGGAGCCGCCGUACGGCAUGGAGGUGCACCACAAGAAGAAGCAAAUUAUUGUGACGGUGACCCUGCACCACGUCCCCUCGGCACACGUAGACGUUAGCGAGACGACGGAUGAGAGGCUCGUCGUCGACACGAGCAAGCACACAAAGAAGUACCGACUGGAGCUGCCCAUACCGGACGGAAUGCGGGUGAACGCCGAGGCGGCGGAGUACGAGAUGGACGCUGACAUGGGCGUGCUCACCUGCGUGCUGCCCAUCAGGGGCGACGUUGCCGCGUCGCUGCAGGCAGAGCGGGCGAAGAUGCUGGACGACAUACGGAGGCAAAAGUCCCUGCGCUUCCGCAUUGGCGCCGACGGAGAGCUGAAGGUGCGUAGUCGCCGGGCUCUGCUGGCAAAGAACGAGCGGGCACAGGCGGCUCUGAUGCAGGAGGAAAGGGGGGAAAGGGAGCAGCUUGAGCCGGAAGCCGUCGUAGCCAAGGAAGCCAGGGAGGAGGAGAAGGAAGCAGCCGCGGUCACGGCCGCAGCAGGCGCCGCGGGCACGCGGAAGGCGCAGAAGGCCAGGAAGGAAGCUGCGCCCGAGGAGGACGAAGAGCCGCCGAAGAAGCGCAGCAAAAAAGAGACGGCCCCAGCGUCUCGCGGCGGGACGGCAAAAGAGCAGGACUCCCAGAAGGGCAACGGCGCCAGCAAGAAGCAGCCGGAACGACAACCGCCGCGGUCGACUGCCGCUCAGAAGGCGGCUGCUGGCGGUGUAUUCGACGAGGAACACAAGAAGGCGAUGGAAAUCGCCAAGUCUGCCGGAAAGGCCGCGCGGAUGACGCUGCGGCAGGGCAUCGCACACGCCAAGGCACUGCAAAAAAAGAUACAGGAGCGUCUUUCUCUGCGCAGCUCCCGCCGCAGCCUGCGGUCAGAGCGGACGCAGGACUCCUUUGCUCGUAUUCUAGAGGAGCAGAAACGACAGCUGCUGGCACGUGCCGAGUUGAAUGCCUCGAUAGCGGCGUCAGAGAAAAAGGCGGGGGCGGGCCGAAAGGGGAGUGGCAAGACCGUCACGUUUGCAGCCGCAGAGGAGUAG